AUGUCUCAGGCGACGGUGGAGGACGCAUCCCAACCUCCGGAAUCGUUACCGUCACUGGCGGUGGCGACGUCCGAGACUGCUCGUCAGAGGCGGAAAAUCGCUGCUUUAGAAGAAAAGCUACUGGUGCUGGAGUCGGGGCACGCGGUCAAACAAAGGGAGACGAACUACUAUAUGUCGAAAGGAAGAGCCAUCAGACGCAUCGUCACGUUAUUCGACAACAUCGAAGACUUAAUAUGCGAGAACGAUAGGCGGUGCGAUUUGAACGGCGAGGACGCAGAUGUAACUAUCGAUCAGGACCGUUUGCAAACCGGUUACAUCGCACUUAACCGCGCCCUCCCGUGGCUUCACUCGAAGGCUUCAGACAUGGAGAAUGAGGACUGCAGGCUCAUGAUCAAAAAGCUCAGGCAGGGGGCCGAUGCUGCUCGAGCGGAUGACACCUCGAAGCUCAAGAGCCUCGUCGCUGAUUGGAUCAAUCGUGAAUUGAAGCCCGACCCUCCGGUCAAUUCCGAGGAUAAAUAUUACCGUGGAUUCAUCAAUGACGCGUGCGGUAAACUACUCUGCCCGACUGAGCUAGAUUGGAAUAGCCCAACUGUCAGAGCAGGAAUUAGAGAUCGCGCAGACGGUUAUAUCGUGACGGAAAUGUCCUGGCCAGCAUUCACGUAUGAAAAAUACGCGGCAGAUCUGGACGAUCUGGAGAAGGGUCUCUUCAAGAGCACUCUUUUACUUCAGGCCUUCAAAGCUAUAUUCACGUCACCCUCCUCCGCAAGGGAGGUUGCCGGUGAUGGCGACGCCGCCAAUGUGAUUGAAGCCAACCGACGCGCUAAGCAGGACCACCCUGGAAAGAAAGUCAAGACACACUUGCGGUUUGCUCUGUCUUCUGUGACCUCAUGGCGCUCGGUUGACGGCGACUUUGACUACAUACUAUUUUGGCAAAACAUCGUAGACUUCUUCGAAAGGCCGCCUGGUCGAACGGCGAAGCGAAACGUUAAGCGACUCCUGGCUUGGUGGACGAGGAAAGUCUUCGGAACAAGUCGACGUGCAGAACUCAGCGAUGGUGCGAAGGCCAAGAUGUCAGUAAACGCUCUCGCAAGGCAGAGAGCAGAACUAGAUGAUGCCGAUUUCGAUUCAGAAUAG